AUGAUGUCGGCUCCAUCCAUCCAGGCAUUCUAUCAAAGGGAGGUUCCUGCCACGCCUCAGGAUGCUUCGAGAGAUAGGACGGGAUUUCCGCGAGCCGACGGCUUCACACAAGCAGAAGUCGAGUCUGGACACGACCCCCUUGGCCGAAUAUGGAACCCAUCGGAAGAGUACUCGGAGGUGCAUAUCGGGCAAAUCGAGCCAGGCCCGAAUCGAAUAUGCUUCACCGGCCGCGUCGUCAACUACGCACCGGCUCUGCUCGACUCCAAGAAAAAUUACAACCGUCCGGCACAUCAGCUGAUUAUUGUUGAUGGAACCGGUGCAAUAGCAGUAAAGGUAGUUCCCAUCGGAAUUCCGGCAUCACUGCUUGUGAUAGGACAGCUCGUCACCAUAUGGGCCACUUGGGUAGGAUCCACUGGAGGUUCACAUCAUACCAGCAUUCCAUAUGUGACCACGUGGACACCCAUCAAUCCUACGAACGUUGCAAGCAAGCAGUUCAUUCAGUUCCUCCCGGACACUUUUGAAAAUCAGCAACUCUACAGAAUGCCUUUGGAGUGCGACCGAGGCAAACAGGAUCCCAAACCGUUUCCAGGUUUGAUGACUCUGUGUCAAUAUCUCAAAAUGGGACACGAAAUCGCAGGGGCUCGGAUUGUUGUCUGCGUCAAGAGCAUUGGAUCUCGAAAACUUUGGGACGACACCGCCAGCUGCCUGUUGACUCUCUGGGAAGACAAGGCAAACUCCGCCAGGUUCUGGAAGCCCAAUAAGACCAUGCUACUCUUUACCAGUCCGAAGUUUAUACCCCCUUCCGACAACAAGUCACUACCCUUGAGCGCCAGCAUCGGUCUUGAUCACAAUACCUUAAUUGAUAUCGAUCCGAACUUCCAGGAUGCCAACUGGCUUCGACAGUGGGUGAAGAAGAGUGUCAAGAAGGAGAGUGUCUAUGUGCCUUUUCCCAACGACAUUUGGAAUGCAGAAGAAGCUGUCCAUGGACCAGUUCGGGCGCUCUUUACCCUAGCCGAGGUGGAUGACUUCGCUCGGGCUGACCCGGCCAGUGACUUCACCGGCAAGCUAAACUUGACCAUACUCGGUAUAGACCUUCUCGGUCUUCAUCGCAGAAAGAUGCUUUGCUGUAUAGAGUGUUGUGGAGUUCCCCUCUAUGCGAACCAAACAUCCGCGAAUUGCAAGAACUGUUUGCAGAAGAAGUCUCUCGUUCUUAAUCCCCGAAUCAUGGGUAUCCUGGCAGACGAAACAGGUUGCGUUGCACAGGGGAAGCUUGUCUGGAGUGACCAGGCCUGGAGCGAGCUCUUCUUCCCCGCCUUCGAGUCGAGUGACAUGGUGAACGCGGAGCCGGAGGUAGCGGGCGAGGCGAAGAAAUUUCCAUCUUGGCCUCAUCCUGUCGCUUCGUGGGAAGAGCUUACCUUGAAGGAUGCCAGUAGACUCCGAGUCUUGGAGGAGCAAAUGCUGUAUGCUCGUUUUACUUUAACAUUCGGCUAG